UGGUUGGAUUAGAGAGAGAGAGAGUGAGUAGUGAGUGUCGGUCAACACGUGCGUCCAUUGAACGGAAGCCUUUCACGAUGACGGAGGCUGAGCCGUCCGAACAAAUGACCUUGAAUUUGGUCCAUGAGCCCGUGAUUGCCCGUAAGAAAGCUAAACAUGAUGCCCAUCAAUCCCGGCCAGAUGCGAGUGAGGAUGGGGAGACCGAUCGGGUCGAGGCCCAUCCCUCUAAGCGGGCCCGAAUCACAGAUGAUCAUCCAGCGUCUGAAGCCCAGGAUUUCAUCUCGUCGCUUUUCAAGCACAAUCCGGACAUUCCUCAAUUGGAAGCCAGUGAAGCCGUGCCGCUCAGCGAACAGGUCUUCUCGGGUCAAGGCUUUGAGAAAGUGGGGAUUCACCCGUAUCUGGUCAAGAACAUGAAAGAUGCGGGCAUCAUCGAUAUGACACAGGUGCAAGCCCUGUCCAUUCCGGUCAUUUUAGCCGGUCAAGAUGCGCUCAUCAAGUCGCAAACGGGCUCGGGCAAAACCUUGGCCUAUGCCGUGCCCAUUCUCCAUCAGUUGCAGGCCAAAACGCCCAAGAUUAGUCGAUCGGAUGGUUGUCACGCCUUGAUUGUCGUGCCCACCCGCGAAUUGGCCAUUCAGAGCUUUGAGUGGAUUCAAAAGUUGUGUCGCUCGUUUGCUUGGAUCGUGCCCGGCCUCUUAUUGGGCGGCGAGAAGAAGAAAUCCGAGAAGGCUCGGGUACGCAAAGGGAUCAACAUCUUGAUCUCCACUCCGGGUCGAUUGAUCGAUCACAUCCAACACACCCAAUGUCUCUCGCUCAAGCAUCUGACUUGGUUGGUCUUGGAUGAAGCCGACCGUAUGUUGGAACUAGGGUACGAACGCGAUGUCCAGGCCAUUUUAACCGCCAUCAAUGAACAAGCCCAAGGGCAUCACCGGCAGACUUUGCUCCUCUCGGCCACUUUAACGAGCGGGAUCGAGCAGCUCUCGGAGGUGAGUAUGAAGCAUCCCAAGUUCAUUGACGCGGCCGUCAACGAGGAAAACACCCAGUGCUUAACCGCUUUGACUACCCCGGAUAACCUCAAACAAGCCUUUAUCAUCGUGCCCGCCAAAUUACGUCUGGUUUGUCUGGCUUCGUUCAUUCUGUGGAAGUGUCGAUACAGUAAGUCCCGCAAGAUGCUGAUCUUCAUGGCCACACAGGAUAUGGUGGACUUCCUCAUGGAUCUCUUUGAAUGCACGUUGAAUGUGCCGGAUGAACCUCAUCCCUCGUUUCGGCCCAAGAAGUCGUUUUCGCAAAUGAAUUUGACCGACGAUGCCAAGUCCUUGGUGGGCACGGAAUUUAUCGAUGAACCGCAAACUCCGGCAAGAAAGAAAUUGGUCCCGAUUGAGCUCCUGAAACUCCAUGGCAACAUGAGUCAGAGCGAGCGAGCCAAUGUCUUCAAGACGUUCCGUGAGGCAGAUGCGGGUUUAUUGUUGUGCACAGACGUGGCUGCCCGUGGUCUCGAUUUACCCCAAGUGGAUUGGAUUGUCCAGUACAAUCCGCCUAUAUCCAAUGCCGAUUACGUCCAUCGAGUGGGUCGAACAGCUCGCAUUGGUGCAAAGGGCUCAUCCUUGAUCUUCCUUCUCCCGAGUGAAGCUAAUUUUGUCAAGGAGCUCGAGAACGAUAAUCUGCUUCUCGCCGAGAUGACCAUUGCGCAGAUUUUGAAGAAGCUUUUCAUCAAUAGCGAAUUAGUCUCCCAGAAGACGGGGAAAUUACCGCAUACCAUGGAAGAGGCGGCUACUAAUCUUCAGAUGAAAAUGGAAGCUAUGGUUCUCAAUGAUGAGCACAUUCACCAAAGGGCCAGCCAAGCUUAUGUUUCGUUUAUCCGAUCUUAUGCCUCCUAUCCAAAGGAGGUACGGGAAAUUUUCUGUUUUAAAGAACUGCAUUUGGGACACAUUGCCAAGAGCUUUGCCUUACGGGACCCGCCGUCCAGAAUCACGGGUAUUGGCAAAGGAAAUUGGGUGGACAAUGAGGAGAAGAAGAAACAGAACUUGAAGAGAGAGGAGAAGAUGAUCAACGCUCAAAAGAAGAGGAUCGACCAGAAGUCUUUGAUAAUGUCCGAGUACUCGACUGGAUUCGACGGCAUCGAUGCAAGUAGUAUCGUUAAGAAGAAGCCUCCAACGGUGAAGAAGAGCUCCAAAAAGAAGAAGAGAUUGGGCAAAAAGACUUAACGUGUUUGUUCCUAUUCUCAAUUCAAUAUCAUGUUCUAAAUGGAAGAUUAUUCAAUAGAUUAUCACAUCGCU